CGAUGGCGUCUGUUUUCACAUCCAACAAAACAAUCCGGGUUUGUCCUUUUCUCAAUGGAGAGGUGGAAAGCUCGGAAACCAAAACUAACAACACAUGGAUACGUCCCAAUUUGGCCAGCAGAUGUACAUGGAAACCAGGAAAAUCCAUUUCAGAGUCCCCUCAUAGUUGUGUGCCUCUUCCAAAAGAACCAAAGAUUUUGUCAAAUAUUUUGGAAAAAAUUGGACACACCCCAAUGGUCCGUGUCAACAAAAUUUCAAAAGCCUAUGGGAUUAAAUGUGAACUGUUGGCUAAGUGUGAGUAUUUCAAUGCUGGAGGGAGUGUGAAGGACCGGAUCACUGUAAGGAUGAUAGAAGAUGCUGAAAGAGCUGGGACUCUAAAACCAGGAGACACAAUCAUUGAGCCUACAUCAGGAAACACAGGUAUUGGACUAGCCCUGGCUGCUGCAGUGAAGGGCUAUCGCUGUGUCAUUGUCAUGCCUGAGAAAAUGAGCAUGGAGAAGGUGGAUAUCCUAAGAGCUCUGGGGGCAGAAAUUGUAAGAACUCCAUGUACAAGGUAUGAUGCUCCAGAAUCCAAUGUCCGUGUUGCUUGGAAACUGAAAGCUGAAAUCCCAAACUCACACAUUUUGGAUCAGUAUCGAAAUCCAAGCAACCCCUUGGCACAUUAUGACACGACAGCUGAAGAGAUUCUGGAGCAAUGUGAUGGCAAAGUUGAUAUGUUUGUGGCUGGAGCUGGCACAGGAGGCACCAUCACUGGUAUCGCCCGAAAAUUGAAAGAGAAAUGUCCUGAAUGCAAAAUUGUCGGGGUCGAUCCUGAUGGCUCCAUUGUUGCUUUGCCCAACUCCCUUAACACAGUGGCAGCAGAAGAUACAACAAUGGAAGUAGAAGGAAUUGGACAUGAUUUUAUCCCGACUGUCCUUGACCGUUCUGUGAUUGAUGAGUGGUGCAAGAGCAAUGACACCGAAUCUUUUCUUAUGGCUCGUAGACUGAUUAGAGAUGAAGGUUUGCUCUGCGGAGGCAGUGCAGGCAGUGCAAUGUCUGCGGCAGUGAAAGUUGCCAGGGAGCUAAAAGAGGGACAGCGCUGUGUUGUCCUCUUACCUGACUCUGUGAGAAAUUACAUGUCUAAAUAUUUAAACGACAAAUGGAUGAUCAAGAAUGGAUUUCUAAAAGAAGAUGUUCCAGAACAAUAUCCUUGGUGGUGGAAUAUCAAGGUGCAGAAGCUGAACCUGGUGGCCCCUCUGACUCUUCUUCCAGAUGUGAACUGUCAGAAGGCCAUUGAAAUUCUCCGUGAGAAGACAUAUGACCAGGCACCAGUUGUUGCUGAAUCAGGGCUCAUUUUGGGAAUGGUAACCCUCAGCAACAUCCUCUCCUCAAUCCUAGCAGGAAAUGCCCAGUUCUCGGAUCCAGUCAUGAAAGUCAUUUACCAACAAUUUUCAAAGGUUAGCCUGGAUGACAACCUUGGAAAGCUUUCACGUAUCUUGGAAAAUGAUCACUUUGCUAUUGUUGUGCAUGAACUGGAGCAAUACAAUGCAGAUGGUACAUCCUUUAUGAAACAGAUGGUUUUCGGUGUGGCCACGGCUGUUGAUCUCCUUAGCUUCGUCACUACGCAGGGCAAAAUUCAUGAGUCAGAUGAUACAGCAUCUAAAUCAGCUUCUUCUGAAAGAACUUUCUCUGCAGCACAAUUUUAAAAGAAUCAACUGAAAAUGUUAACUAUAACAUUGUGAAUUUGUUUGCCAGUAUGGUUACGUCUACUUUUAAUUUGUUUAACAUACUCUGUUUAAUGUCAUCCUAAUGCCACCAGUGGAAAUGAUCUGGGAUUGGGAUGAUCUGAUAAGAGCUUUUAAAAUAAAAAUAAAUGGCUAUUAUGAUGACCUGUGAAAAAUGAGAUUCUCAGAAGAUAACAGUAGACAUAAUGCUCCUGCAAGGGUUUGCAGAAUCAAUUUCUAGUUGAUGUUUUGUUGUUUGCAUUAAUAGUGACUGGAAAAAAAUAUUUCAAAAUCUGCUGGCAGAGGAAUAAACAUUGCACAUGCAAAAGCUUCCUGAAAUAAAUGUAGAAUAACCUAUAAUUCAGUUUACUUGUACCAAGGAAAUCUGAAUCAACACUAUUCUGCUGGCAGAGGUGUAAGCAGAGGUGUAAGAACUGUUCACUAAAAUGGACCUAUCUUUUUUGGUAUGGCUGACCAUAAUAUGGGUCGAUUACUACACUUAGAGCAACUUCCCAAAAUGUUUCAGCCACAAAAUUCCCUUAGGCCAGGGUGAGAAUUAUGUGGUCCUCCACGUAUUGUGAAUUCCAAUGGUUUUCAUCACCAUAGUCAAUAGUGAGUUUUGGCUGUUUCAGUUCAUCUAAAAGGAAAAGCAACACUGAGCACAUGGGCUGCAUGUGGUUCCCAGACAACACAAAACCCUGAAAGGUGUGAAAACAUGCAAAACAGUUCCACCUAUCCGCAAAACCACCCCACAAUACUAAACAUCCCAGUUUCCCUCUGGAGUCCACUUCAAAAAGGUGGCAGGAGGUGACACACAUUUGGUUUUGCUGGAGAGGGUACAACCUUUGCCUGACCAUCAUAUAGUUUCCAACUCCUACCUUAGACAUUAGAAUGUCAUGCAGAUGUUCACUUCAUUUUGGUUUCUACCCAGAAGAGACUAAUGCCAGCGCUAUAUCUGCCAAUUUGAGAGUAAAGCUCAAGAAGAUCUAAUCCCAGUACAGAAACUGUGGACAAGCUGUGCCCAGCUGGUCGUACAGAGCUCACAAUAGUCUUCCCUGUGACUCAGCAGUGUCCUAAAUGCUGUUCCAUGAAACAUCCUUCCAUCUGUUACUCUACUUCCUAGGACUUUGAAAUGUCCUUCUUGCUGCUGUAAUUCUCUCUACCUUACAACUCCAUUCUCAAAACAUUUUUGAGAGGAAAACUGCAAAGUAUGGAGAGUUGGAACAUCAUGUGCUGCUCUAGAACAUAAUACUCCAUGGUUCUGCUCAUGAGAAUAACCAGGUUACAUAUUUGCCAGUUCCCUUUUUAGCUUUGAUACAUACUUUUCCUCAAACAUUGAUUGAUUCUAUGUUGUUAGCAUGUCAAGAUGUCUUAUACGGUUAUAUAAACUAACAAUGAAGCUCUUUGUGCUUGACACUAGAAAAUCAAGCAAUCCAUUUGCAAGAUGUAAUUGUAGAUGAGUAAAAAAACAAACAAACUUGUACAUCCUUAGAGAUGCCAUUAGCCAAGACUGUUAAACUUUGGAUCUGUGUGAGUUAUUAUAGAAUAAAUAAAGGUUAACUUUCUUCUCUUUAUGUUAGUGUUGCCACAAAUGUCAAAGGAUUGUUCGUUGUGCACUGUAUGAAAAAUGCACUUCUAUUUGGUUUUUAAAAAUUAUUACUAUUAUUUGUUACCUCUUGAUUUGAAAUGGAUUUAUAUGUUAAAAUAAAUUACUUCUCUGCAUCUAACAA